UUGUUUUCUCCGCUGGCGAUUGUCAAACAAGUGCACAUUCCAGAAUUAUUUACGAUUUGCGCGAAAAUACGUUGUUGCGCACUCGAGGUCAUGUGAUUUACGAUCGUGUUUUGUUGUGCGUCGUGUGCGCUGCGGUUGUACUACGCUUCGUUGGCGAGAAAACGCGAUGUAAACACGGAAUCAAACUCCGCUCACGAGGUGAACACAGCGACGAAUGGCAAUGUUACCGCCGUAGGUGCAGGCAGCCAGUGACCAAAAGUAAACAGAGAAAUAUAUAUCACCGAGUAGGAAAUUGGAACUAACCCUAUUACGUUACAACGCAUUCAACACAACUUGAACUGAAUUGCUUGACAGAUAACAGACAACUUCUCAGUAUUGGAGUGGGUUUAUUGAGAGCAAACCGAAGAUAAGAAUUGAAUUAUUUGUGUACACAACUGGCCGAUUAAUUUGGGGAAAGGAGUGCGACACAGCAUGCCCGUAAGUUUACGCGGCAGCAUCAGCGACGAGCUGGAGACCCACCGCGACCGCCGAUAAUGCUAUGGGCGCCUGCUGCUGCAAGCAGAAGCGUGAGCAGAGUGAAUCGUACAUUCCGACACCGUCACCACAGCCGCUCGCCAACGCCGAGGCGCAGCCCAAUCACUAUGUACGUAUCACUGCCUGUGGGCACGUCGAGGGCGAGGAGAAAGGCUGUCCGGACUCGGAGACUGUCGACGAGCUGGUGCUGCAGACUCUUGGAUGUAUUGGAACACUAGUUGACAAUGAACAAGAACCACCACAAUCCAUGCUGCGUCUGCAUAACAUCGCGGACAAUGAAGAAGGCUGGAUUCAGGUGGUCAAAUCAAUGGUGAAUGUCAUCCCAAUGCAUGAUCCACUUGGCCCGUCCGUUAUUACACUGCUACUUGAUGAUUGCCCGUUGCCAUCACGAGAGAGUGUGCAGCGCGUGGCGAAGAUGUUUAACUUAUCUAAGGACCGUGCGUUGCUCAGUCGGGAUACAGCACCUCGUGAACGUAAUAUCUGCGUUGUUCUUGGUUGCAUCGCCGAGAAACUUGCCGGGCCGAGUAGUCAAGGCAUUUUGACCGACGAUACAUUAGAUUAUUUGUUAACUAAUUUAGAACUUGAAACCGAUCCACAUGUGAUAUUAUUUUCAUUAAUCGCCUUAGAGAAAUUUGCUCAGACAAGCGUGAAUAAAUCGACGAUCGUCAAACGCCUCCAGAUGCAACAGCCGUGCCCAAUUGCACUGCUGGAGGAAUGGCGUCACGAGACGCAUUAUGUUCGUCGUCAGGUUGGUUUCUGCGCGCAGUGGGCGUUAGACAAUUUAUUUGUGAUGAAUGAAAGGACCUUCACCUAUUUAGCCAUCGACAUGUCGCCGAUUAACGCGAUGUUGAACACGAGCGACGUGAGCGAGUAUCUGAAGAUAUCCGCCGACGGGCUGGAGGCGCGGUGUGACGCUUACUCAUUUGAGAGUGUGCGCUGCACAGCGCAGGCGGAUGCAGGCGUUUGGUAUUAUGAAGUGACUAUUGUUACGCCCGGAGUAAUGCAAAUCGGUUGGGCGACGAAAGAUAGCAGUUUUCUGAAUCAUGAAGGAUAUGGGAUAGGUGACGAUAAAUACUCGCUGGCUUAUGAUGGCUGCCGGAAGUUGAUUUGGUACAAUGCUAAAUCCGAGCCGCAGACGUUGGCGAGAUGGAGUCCCGGUGAUGUGCUGGGAUGUUUAUUAGAUUUCGAACAGCAGCGUUUUGUUUUUUCUGUUAAUGGUGUAGGACUACCACCAAGCACGCAGGUGUUCAGUAUGGCUAAGUCUGGUUUCUUUCCCGCUGCCAGCUUCAUGUCAUUCCAGCAAUGCCGAUUCAACUUCGGCUCGGAGCCGUUCAAGUACCCGCCCGACGGUGUCGUGUUCUCGACUUUUAACGAACAUGGCGUACUCGAACCGGACGAGAAAAAGGUUUUGCCUCGCCAUGUUUUUCUUAUGCUGCUGCGGCAGCACAGCGUACGUGAAGACAGCUGCACACUUUGCUACGAUAUGAAGGCUUCCGUUCGACUCAUUCCUUGCAAUCAUUCGGGUUUCUGCACAUCGUGUGCGAAUAUGCUAAACGAGUGUCCGAUGUGUCGCGCCGUGAUUUGGAAGUACAUCGAGGAAUUAUCGGCGUGACACUGUAAGUACAAUCAUCGUUCCGGGCAUUCCGGUCAGCUCAGCUUUAAGCGACAUUUUAUCCUCAGUUUAGUUUUAAAAAUUGCUCACAAAGAGUUUUUAGUACCAAGUUUAACCGUUCAUUUCUUUUACUUUUAUCCAAUUUACAUCGAAUCGCUUGUUUCUGGCCUACGGCACAACUAAAACUACAUAUUGCGGGUCAAGAGGAGUUUAUAUUUCAUAGAAACGUAUAUAUGUAUAUUGCAAAAAGAAAAUAUUUAUCUUCGGUUUUAUAUGUUUAAGAGAAUAACUAUUAGGACGCAAAGAAAAGUGUAUAAAUAUGUUUAUCAUUUGUAAAAUAUUUUUCAAAGAUAUAUAUAAAGAGUAAUUGUUAUUAUUGUUAAAACAAGAA